AUGCGGGUGCCACAGACCAUCCCCGUUGUUCUUCUCCCUCUUGUGCCAUUCCUAGGCCUCUUCUUCGCCGACCAUGUCUUUCGCAGCCCGGCGAGAAGGCUUUCGGUGAUUGCCGCGACCGCCUUGUCGGCAGCGUGGAUCGUGGCCGUCGUCGACAUCGAGAAUCACAUGCUGGCCUUUUACUUUGGACUCUUGGCCCCGUGGAUCGUCCUUCGCGCCUACCUCAUGUUCUGGGUCUACGAUCCCCGAAAGGACUUUCUCGCCAUCCGCCUGCGCAGUCGCUCCGCCGACGAUGGCCUUCACCACUGUUGGGAACCCUACCCUCCAUCCGUGUCGCUGGCUCGGCUGUCGUGGAUCGUCGACCUGCUGCUCGACUUCAGACUCGUCGGUUGGUGCUACUCGGCCUCUGACGGUCGUCCCUGCCGCUUCCACUCCCCCAAGACGACGGUGCAGGACACGGUAAUCCUCCGGCAAAGGGCACAGACGCUGCCGAGUACCGUCGCCGCCAUGGUCAGCCGCAUGGCGCUGUCCCUCGUGUGCAUCGGCAUCUGCCAGACCUUCAUCUUCCCGCCUGUGCGAGACGUCUUGCUGCAUGGCCAGGCGUACCCGUCCCGGGGCUUCGUGUGGGGUGCCCUGUUUCGUCUCGUUGCCGUCACGACGAGCAUAGCGUCCAUCAUCGCCCUCGUCGACCUGUUCUACUCUGUCUCGAGUAUCCUUUCCGCCGCCUUCUUCAGGGCCGGCGUCCACACGAGCCUCGUCGGAGCCAUUCAACCCAAUCCGUGGGGGAGCCUCGGAGCCCUCGCCGACCGCGGAAUUCCCGGUUUGUAUGAUGCUUGGCACGACUACUUUCAGCACGGCUUUCGUUUGCUUGCGACCCAAGUCGGAAACGCCGUCGGCGGUACGUCGUCGCCACAGCGCAAAGCCGCCAAGCUCUUUAGCGUUUUCAUCAUGUCCGGCAUCAUGCAUGUGUGCGGUUCGCUCAUGUUCCGACGCAACAACAGCCCUUACGCCGGCCAGCUCGCCUUCUUCUUGCUGCAGCCUGUUGGCAUCUUUGGUCAAGGAUUUCUCGACCACAAGGCGAGGCAACUGCCACGCGCAAGUCUCCUCCGGCCUUUCAUGAACAUAUCUCUCUGUCUGCUCUGGUCGUAUCUGGCCUUUCCGCUCGUGAGCAAUGAUCUGCUACGAGGGGGUUUCUGGGAACAUCGACGGUUGGAAGCGCUGCUUGUGCGAACGUCCGACUCGGAGUUUCUAGACUUUUACGAGGGCCAAAGCACCGCGUACCGACAGCCGCGCCGACGAGAUCAGCUCUUGGAUCGGUGGAACGAGCCAUCGGUCAUCCUCACCGCACUCGCCUUGAUCGGGGCCGUCGUACUCAAGCUCUACAGCCCAGACGGGUCGCUGGAAACGGUUGGCGUCUCGAUCGGGUACGCCCUGUGGGACUUGAUCGUCUUCCUCGUGCCGGCGCCCCUGCUGUACGCCAUCGACGGCUGGAUGAGCGGUGCGACGACGACGCGACCCAUGUCCGACGCGCAACCGGCCACACAUGGCGCCAAGAGCGAGCUCAUGCGGAGGAUCCUCGGCCUCGACCGCUCGGGCGGCAUGAUGGCCUCGGUCUACCAGGCGAGGACCCGAGCGCUGUCGGUGACGGGGACCGUCCUGGGCCUCAAGCUCGACCCGAGCCGCCCGGCCGGGCUGGGAAACCGCGACAACUCGUGCUACCAGAACAGCAUACUGCAAGGCCUCGCCGCCUUGGACACCUUUCCCGGCUACCUGUCGGCCUGCGUGCGGACCGUCGACCCGGACGGUCAGGGCCAGGGCAACGACGUGGCCCGAACGCUGCGCACGCUGAUCCACGACCUCAACGACCUGUCGAACAACGGAAAGACGAUUUGGACGCCGAGCUUGCUCAAGUCGAUGAGCACCUGGACGCAGCAGGAUGCGCAGGAAUACUACUCGAAGAUGCUCGACGACAUCGACAGGGCCGUCGGCGAGGCCGUCGGCCGGUCGCGUCGGCAUUCGGGGCUCGAGGCCGACUUUGCCGCCAAGGCGUCGACUUCGAGCCAGCACAGCGACGACAGCGGCUAUCAGAGCCUGUCGUCGAAGGCGGACCGGUCGGCGAUGAAGCCGCUGCAGAACCCGUUGGAGGGCUUGCUCGCGCAGCGGGUCGCAUGCGUUCAGUGCGGCCAUCACGAGGGCUUGUCCAUGAUUCCAUUCAACUGCCUCACCCUCAGCCUCGGCCUCGACAAGAGCCGGCAUGAUCUCUACGAGCGGCUCGAUUCCUACAGCAGGGUCGAGGCGAUCGAGGGCGUCGAAUGCGCCAAGUGCACGCUGCUGCGGGCCCAGAGGCUCCUGACCAAGGUGGUCGAAAGGAUGAAGGACUCGUCGACGGCCGAGCAGCUGGCGGAGCCGUUGCGGCGGCUCGAGGCCAUCGAGUCGGCGCUCGAGGACGACGACUUUGACGACGAGACGUUGACGGAAAAGUGCAAGAUAUCGAGCCGCGGCAAGGUGAGCACGACGAAGACGAAGCAAAUCGUCAUCGCCCGUCCACCGCAGAGCCUCGCUAUCCACGUCAACCGCUCCGUGUUUGAUCCGACGACGUUUGACAUGAUAAAAAAUUCGGCGCCCGUCCGCUUCCCCUUGACGCUUGACCUCGGACCGUGGUGCUUGGGCAGCUCGGAAGGCGGCCGACCGGUUGCGGAAGCGGGCAAGGCCGACGGCGACGGCGACGGCGACGGCGUCGAGGAACGAUGGCAGUCGGAUGCCGGGGCAUCCAUGGUGGCCGGGGACGACGGCCCGUCGAGACUGACGGGGCCGAUAUACGAGCUACGGGCGGCCGUAACGCACGCGGGACGGCACGAAAACGGGCACUACAUUUGCUACCGGAAAUAUCCGACGCCCGAGGCGGCCGUCGAGGCUGCCGCUCCCGACGACGAUGUCGGCGCGCGAGACUCGGACGAUGCAGACGACGGCGACGGGUCGGAGAAAAGAGACGACGGCGAUCCAGUGGAGAGACAAAACGCGGGCUGGUGGAGGCUCAGCGACCACAACGUGGCCAAGGUGGACGAGGAGACGGUGCUGUCGCUUUCGCCCGGCGUGUUUAUGCUCUUCUACCAAUGCGUCGAUGCCGGCAUGGUGCUCCAGAGCGGGGCGCGCGCCGACUUGGCGUCGGGCGAUGCUUCCGACGGUGCAAAGGGGGCUCGGGAGGGGGAGAUGCGUGCUGCUGAUCAGAUUCCUCUGCCGAUGGGCGACGACGAGGACUUGUAG